GUUCGGGAGAUAUCCCAGUCUUCUAUGUAUGUUUCGGUGUAGUGGAUUGUCUGUACAAGUGGCAUUCCUCAGUCCAUGCAUACGAGGCUGGGCGCGAACCGUCGGUAUACUAAUGGCAACGAAAGACGAUCCCAGACUGCCAAAUACGACAAUAUCGUUUUGGCGGCCCCUUUUGGGCUUGGCGAUUUGGGGGCAAAAAAAUAAAAAAAUAAAAAUAAAGAGCUCGAAGUGUGGGUACUUUAAAAUUUGAAGGCGAAAUGGAUGGGAGGAAAACUUCGCCACGAAGAUAUGAACGGAUAGACCCGAUACUCUGGGUCGAGAAUCAAUAGACUAUGGAAACUUACCUUCCAGUUGCCUGCAUUCCGUGCCCAUCAGAUCAGCGCUCGAUCAAUGGUGGGUAGGCAUCUAGAUCACUGAUCGGUUGUGUCCGGCGAAUCCUGCCAGCUGGGUAGGCGUACGCCACAAAGCGGUUGUGGAUUGUUGCUAUGUAUGGAGGCGGGCCCAGUGGAGCUUGGGGGGUUCGCCAUCCGAGUGGUUGCGCACUUCUUCAAUCUAUUAGGGGUACAUGGAAGUCGCGCUUUCCGUAACCUACUCUGAAUGCGCCGAGUGCAGCGGAAUUGACGAUUAUAUGCAUCGCAAAUCCGGAUAGAACCUAGCUAGAUACAUUUGAUUAUGAGAUGAGAUCCACCUGGAUGUAACCCGCGUUACGGAAUACCGCCAGGAACGACUAAUGAGGGGACCGACUUGAGCAAUUGUCAGAGCGAGAUCCUCCUUGUGGGGAGGUCUCUUGGAUUUUGGUGCGGUUUCAUAUGGUGAGCCUCCCAUUUCCAAGGCAAAGGAUCAUCUUCCCCGGAUACGCGUUUUAAUGAAUGCAGAUCAGUGCGAGGUCGAUCUUCAGAGAUAGAGUUUUGUGCUGGGAAACGUCGAAUCUCCCCCGUAGGCUUGGAAUAUGGUAAGUAUCGGCGAAGGAUUUCAUGGUGGCAACGCUUCGAAUCACGUCAACAGCACUUUCCAGAGAGAAGUACGUGGUUGUUAGUCAUGUUCUCCAUUGAAAAUUAUGGCUGUCAUCGUAAGCUGAGUCGGUAAGGGUCAAAGCGCGAAUAGACAGGACAUUUGCAUCAAUAUCAGCAAUGCGACAGCAAUAGUGUACUGUGGCAUAAAUUAAGUAUUGAAUGUCAUCUGUACUUCGUACAGGGGCAAGAUUCUCGAUAAGGAUGCAUCGACCGGUUGCGUCCGUACCAGCGGAAUUCAUCGUUAAACUAGUGCAACGACAAUAUCCAGGAGGUUAUUCAUCGAAUGGUCGGUGUGGAAGCACGACGAUCUGCGUUAGUGUGUUCGAUAUCUCAUAAAUCCACGGGCCAAUAAGUUGGCUCGGACUCGAGGGCCAGAAUACAGGUAUCCAGGCCCCAAUAGAUUAAUCGAUUUCUGUCGGUGCUCAGGCUGCACUAAUGCUGCUGAUAACCA